AUGGCUCAAGUACCAAUUCAAGUCAAUGUUGGGGGUGAUGGUGGAGUCAACCAACCUUCACCCGCAGCAAGAUCCAUGUCUGAUUACAUCUCUCCGGAUGUUGAGGAACAUGAUAGCAUCAAUGUUCUAGGUGUGGAGGCUAACAACUUCGAAAUCAAGCCAGUCAACUUGCACCUGGUGACUUCAGAUCAAUUUGGAGGGUCACCUACGGAGGAUCCAAAUUCUCAUAUCACAAAGUUCCUCCGUAUUUGUGGCACCUUCAAAAUCAAUGGCGUACCUCAAGAAGCCAUCAAGUUCAGGUUUUUUCCCUUCUCACUAAGGCAUAAGGGAAUUUUUGAAGAAGCUCUAUCCAAUUUCCAAGACCCAAAGGAUGAGAAGAGCAAUUCAAAACUUCAAAUAGUUGGCAAGUGGGUCCUUCACAGUUUUGGAACCAACACAUGUCGAAGAGCUAUUGGAGAAAAUACCAAUGAAUGGAUCCACUUGUUAUUCGGAGAGAUCAUAUCCUCCAAAAAACUUGUAGGAGGAAUGCAUGAAGUGGAACAAAUUUCCGCCUUGUCAGCUAAGGUGGAUAAUGUUGCUUCUUUAGUAUAA